AGCCAUGUGUGGCAGUGAUGACAGUUUUGACGACUUUGUACCAGAUAGUCAAGAGCCAGCAUCUUCGCGUACCCGAAAUCAGGAUCAUCUCGACGAUGACGAGGUUCCCUGCUCACAAAGGCCAGAUGCUGCCAACGACACUAUGGUUGAAGAUCUCGACGAGGGAGACGAGCCAGCUCAUGACGAAUCUGAGGACAUCAUCAAAAUUCUCGUUGCCACUGAUAUUCAUUGCGGUUAUGGAGAAAAUAAAGCCAACAUUCAUAUGGAUGCCGUCAACACUUUUGAAGAAGUGCUUCAAAUUGCCACUGAACAAAAAGUCGAUAUGAUUUUACUUGGAGGAGAUCUUUUUCAUGAAAAUAAUCCAUCUAGAGAAGUUCAACAUCGUGUUACACAAUUGCUCCGUCAAUAUUGCUUGAAUGGGAAUCCAAUCGCGUUGGAGUUUCUCUCAGAUGCUUCUGUCAAUUUUAAUCAAAGUGUGUUUGGUCACGUGAACUAUUACGAUCAGAAUUUGAAUGUCGGUCUUCCAAUUUUCACAAUUCAUGGAAAUCAUGAUGAUCUAUCAGGAAAAGGACUUACUGCUCUUGAUCUUCUUCACGAAUCUGGACUUGUAAAUCUGUUUGGAAAGCACAGCAACAUUCAGGAGUUUAUUGUUUCACCAAUUUUGCUUAGAAAAGGAGAAACUCGUUUGGCGUUAUACGGAAUUGGAAGUCAAAGAGAUGAUCGUCUUGUUCGAGCAUUCAAAAAUAAUAGUAUUUCAUUUUUGCGGCCAAACGCUGGCGCCGAGGAUUGGUUUAAUUUGUUUGUCCUCCAUCAAAAUCGUCCACGGAGAGCCAUGCACCGAUCGACAGGAAACUUUCUUCCCGAAUCUCUGAUUCCUCAAUUCUUUGACCUUCUUAUUUGGGGACACGAACACGAAUGUAAACCUGAUCCUCAAUAUGUUGCUUCAUCGGAAGCUGUUGGUGAUGGAUUUUACAUUCUUCAACCAGGAUCGACUGUUGCUACUUCGCUCACUCCGGAAGAAGCCCUGCAGAAAAAUGCAUUCCUAAUAAAGAUUAAAGGAAGAAAGUUUGCUUCAAAGCCUAUUCCUCUUCAAACAGUUCGUCCAAUGGUUUGCGAUGAGCUUCUUCUUGAUAAAAUACCUCCAGGAAGUAGACCGAUUUUGAAAACUGAUCGUCCAAAACACACGGAUGGCCGAUACAUAGAUGAAAUUGCCAUUGAAGCGAAAAUAAAUGAAAUGAUUACAACAGCGAAAGCCAAGAGACGACCACGGCAACCUGAAUUACCUUUGAUUCGACUCAAAGUGAUCUAUGAUGGUGAUUGGCUCAAUAUUACUCCAGCAAAUGCUAAAAGAAUUGGUCUUCGUUAUGAAAAUGUAGUGGCAAACGCAGUGGAUAUGGUUUUUAUCAAGAAAAAUAAUAAGCCAAAGGAGGGAAAAUUACAAACCGAAAACGAGAAAAAUAUAACUGAAAUGGCCGACGAGAUGGGACAAGUUUCUGCAACCAAUUUGCAAACUAUCAUUAACGACUAUUUCAUAAACCAGCCUCUAGUGGAUCAAAUGACAGUGCUCAAACCGAUAGGAAUUGGAAGAGCUUUAGAGCAAUAUUCAGCAAUAGAAGAAGGUGGUCUUGCUACAUCUGCGAAUCGUAACUUUGAUAGUUGUUUGAUGCAUCAAAUUGACGUUGUUCGUAAAACAUUGAAAAAGAUGCCUCUGCCUCCGAUUAACGAUCCAUCGGAUUUAGACAAAUUCCGUGAUCUGAUCACCAAGGAUUUAUACGAUAUGAAAAAAGCCGAUAGCGAAAGAUUCAAGAAUCCUGUUGCCGAUGUUGAAAUGGAAGAAGAUGAAGACGAUCCUCAAUACUAUAUGCCUCCACAGUCUACUUCGAGAACAAAUUAUGCUAGCGGCAGUGAAGAUGAAGUGGCAAAUUCUGAUGAAGAAAUGGGAAGCAGUAUCUCGAGACAUUCGAAGCAACCUACCACACGUGGUAGAGGUCGUGGUGCCAGAGGAGCAGGUGCUUCACGAGAAACUACUCGUGGAAGAUCCAAUAAAGUUGUUUCAACGCGACAAAUCGAUUCAGAUGGAUUCGAAAUUAUCAAUGAUUCGCCGUCUCCGCCUCCAGCUUCACGAUCAACCAGAGGAAAAGCAAGAGGAAAAUCAGCUCCAUCCAAGAAAAGGGAUCUAAGUUUCUUCUAAAUAAUUGUAUUUUCACUUAUCUCAUUUACCGGUUUGAAUGAUACUCUUUCAUGUUCGACAUUCUCAACCUGUUUUAUCUAGAAUAUCCCGUAUGAACUUCUUCUCUCGCCCAGUAAACGGAUAAAUUUGAUAAUUUAAAAGGAACAAAAUGUUUUCUUAUAAGUUUUUAUUGUGAAUUAAAUUUGACCAAAAUAAAGUUCUGUGCACAGU